UGGAAACUGACCAAAAUGAAUCUUUUCUGCUUUUCGCUGGAAGGCUCUAUGGACAGCUUAUAUGAGCCAGUCCCAGAGCAACAAGCUCACCAAGACAGGAGCUCGGGUAGAACUGAUUCUUUUUUCUCACGCUCUGAGGAGAGUGGAAGAUCACACAGCAGUCUCUUCACGGAAGUUUCUAAUUUUGAGAAUGGGAAAACAAAAAGAAAGUCAAUCCGGAGAUCUAUGUCUGAAAGUAAAGUAUUUGAGGGAAAAACUGUGAAUGACACAAUUUGGCAGGAACCCAGCAAAUCUGAGACUGACUCCCACAUCAGAAGACUCUGUCAGCUGAAAGAUCUAAAUGAAGAUGAUUUUCUUUCGAGUCAUAAUGCACAUACUCGUCAAGGAAAAAAACUACAACGUAUUUCUUAUCAGUCUGUAAAAUCAGGUGAUGACCCAGUGGAAUCCAUAGGGACAUUAAAGAGAUUGCAGAAACUGGUUUGGACCAAGAAAGCAAGAGUGCCCAGUCUGAAUGAGAUGAAACCUACAUCAAUAAACCUCCAAGAUGAAGAUGAAACAUUGAUUUCCUGUAUGAAAUUAGCCAAAAGCCAAGAAAAAAAAGUUAAUGUUAAUACAAGGGGGAAGGAAGGAAUGGAAAUUAGACUGGAUUCUAUUUCUGCAUCAUUGGCUAGAUCCAGUGCUUCAGAUGGAUGCAGCUUGGCAGAAAUGCUAUCCCAUAAUGAAGGUGAAGUUCAGUUGUGGAACAACUGGAAACCUUUUCCAGAAAACCCGUUGUGGACAUACGUUGAUUUCCAAAUUGACCAGACUGGACUGUGGGGCAAUUGUUUCCACUGCAAUCACCACCCCCGUCUCAAGUCUUCUUGUACAGAUAUGGAUCUCCCACACUCAUGGCGCAGCAGCAGUUUUGGGAACUUCGAUCGCUUUUGGAAUAAUUCCACAGCAAAACCAGAGGAUUCGACUGGGGUACACGAAGGGGAACCCAUAAAUGAAAGUGGAGAACAAAACAAAACUUCACAUAAUGGAGCAAGUUUAGGUAAAAAAAUGAGAGCUAUUUCCUGGACAAUGAAGAAAAAAGUGGGCAAAAAGUACAUCAAAGCCCUUUCUGAAGAAAAGGAUGAGGAGGAUGGAGAGGAUACCCUCCCAUACCGGAACAGUGACCCCACGCUUGGAACCCACAUUGAGAAGAUCUCCCUCAAAACCAGUGACUCCUUGGACAGUCUCUACAGUGGGCAGAGCUCAUCAAGUGGAAUAACAAGCUGUUCAGAUGGUACAAGUAACCGGGACAGCUUUCGACUCGAUGAUGACGGCCCCUACUCUGGACCAUUCUGUGGCCGUGCCCGAGUACACACCGAUUUCACACCAAGCCCCUAUGACACCGAUUCCCUCAAAAUCAAGAAAGGAGAUAUCAUAGACAUUAUCUGCAAAACGCCAAUGGGGAUGUGGACAGGAAUGUUGAACAAUAAGGUGGGAAACUUCAAAUUCAUUUAUGUGGAUGUCAUAUCAGAAGAAGCAGCCCCCAAGAAAAUGAAGACACAAAGAAGGAGUGGAGUGGAAAAGCCUGAGACUCUGCAGGAGUUCUUAGAGAGGAUUCACCUUCAGGAAUAUACUUCAACACUUUUGCUCAAUGGUUACGAGACCCUAGAAGAUUUAAAGGAUAUAAAAGAGAGUCAUCUCAUUGAAUUAAACAUUAAAAACCCAGAAGACAGGAUGAGGUUACUGUCAGCUGCUGAAAAUCUCCUUGAUGAAGAAACUAUUCAAGAGCAAGAAAGUGAAUCCAUGCCCCUCUCCUUAAGCCCAGACAUCUUAAAUAAGUCACAGUUAGAUGACUGCCCAAGGGACUCUGGUUGUUACAUCUCAUCAGAAAAUUCAGAUAAUGGUAAAGAAGACCUGGAGUCUGAAAAUCUGUCUGACAUGGUACAGAAGAUUACCAUCAGAGAGCCAAGUGACUGAAUAUACAUUAUCAACUCUGUAUCUACAGAUGUGUUCUAUUUUAACUCUUCUUGAGCUAAAAAAUCAAAUAGGAGAGGAAAAGAAGUGUUUGCAGAUACUACCUGAAGUUAAAAUGUUUUAACGGGAAUAAUUGUAAAUAAAAACCCAUAUCUCUAACAUUCCCAGUUAUUGUAAAUAAUAUGUAUAUUUAUGUUUUUAAAUGCUAAAAUGUUAAUAUUUCACUUCCCUGUAUCAGAAGAAGGAUAAUGUAAGUUUGGGGUAUGUUUAUUUAGCUUUAUUUUAUAAGUGCAAAAGUGAUUCUGCAAAAAGACUCUCCCUUCUUUUAUAGAUGCCUGUUUUCAAUUUGUUUAUAUUGUUGAGUGAAUAGUAACAGAGCAUGUCUGUUUAAUUGUCCAAGCAGCAUUUAUACCCCUUUUUAUAAUUACUGGGAAAGUGUGAGUUAGUAUUGGAGACAUUUUACCCUAAUCCACAGUGGAGUUUUAGUAAUUAUUUUUUUGUUGAUUUCUUCACUGUUUUCUGUAUGAAAGUAUAGAUAAAAACAUAUUGUCAAUUCUGAUUUAGUAAAACUAAUUUUAAUAAUUGUACAGAUUUCUCGUUUUUAAGUGUAAAUAUUUUUAAUUUUGAAAUACCCUAAUUUUAAUGAUAAAAAACUGUAUGCAUUUGGUGUUCUCCAGACUGUUGUUAAAGUAUAUGUCACCUUAGAACUUCAGACAAAAAAAUUUCUACCAGAUAAGAUUUUAUUGUCAGCAUAUAUACUUAUAAAACAUAUAUGUGUGUGUGAA